AUGAUCGCGGAGCGCGAUAGACUGGCUCGGGCGGGAGCGGCGACGGUGUUUUCGCUCCCGCGCCCUCGUCCUGGCCCACAUUUCUUUGCUUCCGGCGCCACACAAAAACGAUUAUUGGGGCAAUCGGAGGCGCCCUAUACUGCGCCCGAGAGAAACCCCGCGAUGCAAAUAAAUUCAGAGGAGGCCGUGGCCGGACAGCGCUGCCCCUCGUUAUUAUUCGGCUCUCGCGGAAUUGCUUUUAUGUCCUUAAUGGAAAAGUUGGGCGGCGGAUACGAGACCAUCCAAACUACUGUUUGCUUUGAUUUAUACCACACCGCUGCCGGCUGGAAAUUU